GCUGCUCCGGCACGGCUCGGCACAGCCCGGCACGGCUCGGCACAGCCCCGCACGGCUCCGGCACAGCCCCGACACAGCCCGCGGCGGGGGCGGGCCCGCGGCGGAGGGGUCGCUGCGAAGCCCCGGCCGUCCCCUCCGCGGGUUACCUGCCCGGCCCAGGUGGGGCGGUGCAGAGCGGAGGAGGCUGUUUUGGAGGUUGCCGCCGCUCCUGAUGGAUGUUUUGUGUGUGUUUGCCUCCGCUCCCGGGUUCUCUUUCAUCUGAGGACGCAUCUGGCUCGAGCUCUGUUAAACUAUCUGCCUUCUGGUACCGUUCGUAGAUAACAGAAAGAAACCUGAGCCCGAAAGGCAAUUCCCCACCUUCUUCCACCUAACGUGACCUUCUCGGGCGCCUUUGAAGCUUUGCUGGUGCUCCGGCGAUGAUGGCAGUGGUGGGUUCCCUUGGGCUGUACUAAGAGCCUCUUGUUUUCUUUUCCCUUUUUUCUUAGAGGCAUUUCAUCUUUAAGGGCCGGCUGCUCUCGCUCACUUUUAUACCCACUGAAGCCAUCGAGAACCAUGUUGUCUGGUGGGAGAAGUGCGUUUCUGUGCCUUGGAACGAUCCUGAGCUUUUGGAGCUCCGUGAGUUGGAUGCCUGUUGGAGGAUGCCCGCAUAAGUGUACGUGUAUUGCUUCCAACGUGGAUUGUCACGGACUGGGACUCAAAACUGUGCCGAGGGAUAUUCCCAGGAAUGCGGAGAGACUGGAUCUAGAAAAAAAUAACAUCACAAGAAUUACCAAGACAGACUUCACGGGGCUGAAGAAUCUUCGUGUCUUACACUUGGAAGAAAAUCAGAUCAGUGUGAUAGAACGUGGAGCUUUUCAGGAUCUGAAACAACUUGAAAGGCUGCGCCUGAACAAGAAUAAAUUGCAAGUUCUUCCUGAGCUGCUCUUUCAGAACACACAGAAGUUAACUAGGCUAGACCUGAGCGAAAACCAGAUAAAAGGAAUCCCUAGAAAGGCCUUUCGAGGAAUCAUUGAUGUGAAGAACUUGCAACUGGACAACAACCAGAUCAGCUGCAUCGAAGAUGGAGCCUUCCGAGCCCUGCGCGACCUGGAGAUCCUUACCCUCAACAACAACAACAUCACCCGCAUUCCUGUUACCAGCUUCAACCACAUGCCAAAGAUCAGGACUCUGCGGCUGCACUCCAAUUUCCUGCACUGUGACUGCCACCUGGCCUGGCUGUCGGACUGGCUGCGCCAGCGCCGCACCAUCGGCCAGUUCACCUUCUGCCUGGCGCCCGUCGGCCUGCGCGGCUUCCUCGUGGCAGAGGUGCAGAAGAAGGACUUUGUCUGCUCUGGCUCCCAGUCCGAGCCGCCGUCGUGCAGCGCCAGCUCCGUCUCCUGCCCCUCUGCCUGCACCUGCAGCAACAACGUGGUGGACUGCCGGGGCAGGGGCCUGACAGAGAUCCCAGCCAACCUCCCCGAGGACAUCUGGGAGAUACGUUUGGAACAAAACCUCAUCAAAAUCAUUCCCCCUGGAGCUUUCACCCAGUACAAGAAGCUGAAGAGAAUAGACAUCAGCAAGAAUCAAAUAACUGACAUUGCACCUGAUGCAUUCAAAGGCUUGAAAUCUCUCAUUUCAUUAGUGCUCUAUGGAAACAAGAUCACGGAGAUUCCCCAGGGCCUUUUUGAUGAUCUUGUGUCUCUGCAGCUGCUGCUUCUCAAUGCCAACAAGAUCAACUGCCUGAGGGUAAACACGUUCCAAGGUCUGCAUAAUCUCAAGCUGUUAUCUCUUUAUGACAACAAACUGCAGACCAUCAGCAAGGGGCUCUUUGCACCUCUGCGAUCGAUCCAGACUCUCCAUUUAGCUCAGAACCCAUUUGUGUGCGACUGCCAUCUGAAGUGGCUGGCUGAUUACCUGCAGGAUAAUCCCAUCGAGACGAGCGGCGCGCGCUGCAGCAAUCCCCGUCGCCUUGCCAACAAACGCAUCAGCCAGAUCAAGAGCAAGAAGUUCCGCUGCUCAGGCUCAGAGGAUUACAGAAGUAAGUUCACUGGGAAGUGCUUCAUGGACCUUGUCUGUCCCGAGAAGUGUCGCUGUGAGGGGACAGUGGUGGACUGCUCCCACCAGAAACUGAGCCGGCUGCCCACGCACCUCCCCGAGUACACCACUGACCUGCGUCUGAAUGACAAUGAUAUUUCUGUUUUGGAAGCUGUUGGACUCUUCAAGAAAUUGCCCAACCUCAGGAAAAUAAACCUGAGCAACAACAAGAUCAAGGAGAUCCGGGAGGGCGCGUUCGACGGCGCCGCGGGCAUGCAGGAGCUGAUCCUGACAGAGAACCAGCUGGAAUCCGUGCAUGGGAGGAUGUUCAGGGGCCUCACGGGGCUGAAGACCCUGAUGCUGAGGAGCAAUUCCAUCAGCUGUAUCAACAACGACACCUUUGCUGGCCUGAGCUCAGUGAGGCUCCUGUCCCUGUAUGACAAUCACAUCAGCACCAUCACCCCGGGAGCCUUCAGCACUCUGGUCUCUCUGUCCACAAUUAAUUUGCUGGCCAAUUCCUUUAAUUGUAACUGCCAUUUGGCCUGGCUGGGGAAGUGGCUGAGGAAGAAGAGAAUUGUCAGUGGAAAUCCACGCUGCUUGAAACCCUUUUUCUUGAAGGAUAUUCCAAUCCAAGAUGUAGAUGUCCAGGACUUCACCUGUGAUGGUAAUGAUGAGAGCAGCUGCCUGCUUUCCCCUCCUUGUCCUUCCCAGUGUACCUGUGUGGACUCCGUGGUUCGCUGCAGCAACAAAGGGCUGCGGAUGCUGCCCAAGGGAAUUCCCAAGGACGUGACUGAGCUAUACUUGGAAGGAAACCAUCUGCCUGCUGUGCCGAAGGGGCUCUCUGCCUUCAGACACCUGACACUGAUUGAUUUGAGCAACAACAGCAUCAGUGUCUUGGCCAAUCACACCUUCAGCAACAUGACUCAGUUAUCGACGCUCAUCCUGAGUUACAACAGGCUCCGGUGCAUCCCCGUCCACGCCUUCAGCGGGCUCCGCUCCCUGCGAGUGCUGACCCUCCAUGGAAAUGACAUUUCCAGUGUUCCUGAGGGAUCUUUCAAUGACCUGGUGUCCCUGUCCCAUCUGGCUCUGGGCACCAACCCCCUGCACUGCGACUGCCACCUGCGCUGGCUCUCCGAGUGGGUCAAGGCGGGCUACAAGGAGCCGGGGAUCGCGCGCUGCCGCGGCCCCGAGGCCAUGGUGGACAGGCUGCUGCUCACCACGCCCACACACCACUUCCAGUGCAAAGAGCCAGUGGAUCUCAGUGUUGUGUCCAAGUGCAACCCCUGCCUCUCCAGCCCCUGCAAGAACAAUGGGACGUGCAGCAGUGACCCCGUGGAGCUCUACCAGUGCACCUGCCCUUUUGGGUUCAAGGGUCGAGACUGCAGUGUGCCCAUUAAUUCCUGCAUUCAGAAUCCGUGUCAGAAUGGAGGGACCUGCCACCUCACGGAGGCAAAUAAGGAUGGAUUCAGCUGCUCCUGUCUUCUUGGGUAUGAGGGGGAGAGGUGUGAAAUAAACCCAGAUGACUGUGAAGAUAAUGACUGUGAGAAUAACUCUACGUGUGUGGAUGGGAUCAACAACUAUGUGUGUCUCUGCCCUCCUAAUUACACAGGUGAACUGUGUGAUGAGGUGAUUGACCACUGUGUUCCUGAUCUAAAUCCCUGCCAGCAUGAGUCCAAGUGUGUUCCCCUGGACAAAGGAACCAGAUGCGAGUGCUUGCCGGGCUACAGCGGCAAACACUGUGAAGUGGAUGAUGAUGACUGCGUGGGCCACAAGUGCCGGCACGGAGCCGCCUGCGUGGACGCGGUCAAUGGCUACACCUGCGUGUGCCCGCAGGGCUUCAGUGGCCUGUUGUGCGAGACGCCCCCGCCCAUGGUGCUGCUGCAGACGAGCCCCUGUGACAACUACGAGUGCCAGCACGGCGCGCAGUGCAUCGUGGCGCAGCACGAGCCCGUGUGCCGCUGCCUGGCCGGCUUCGCGGGGCAGCGCUGCGAGAAGCUCAUCACCGUCAACUUCGUGGGCAAGGACUCCUACGUGGAGCUGCCCUCCGCCAAGAUCCGCCCCCAGGCCAACAUCUCCCUGCAGGUAGCCACAGACAAGGACAAUGGCAUUUUACUGUACAAAGGAGACAAUGAUCCUUUGGCUCUGGAGCUGUACCAAGGCCACGUCAGGCUCAUCUAUGACACCCUGAGCUCCCCACCCACCACAGUGUACAGUGUGGAAACAGUAAAUGAUGGGCAGUUUCAUAGUGUGGAACUCGUGAUGCUGAAUCAAACUCUGAACCUGGUGGUGGACAAGGGGGCUCCCAAGAGUCUGGGAAAGCUCCAGAAACAGUCUUCUGUCAGCCUCAACACUCCCCUCUACAUUGGAGGGAUCCCAACCUCUACUGGAUUAUCAUCCCUGCGCCAGGGUGCAGAUAAGACACCAAAUGGUUUUCAUGGCUGCAUUCACGAUGUCAGGAUCAACAACGAGCUGCAGGAUUUCAAGGAUUUACCCCAGCAGUCACUGGGAGUCCUUCCUGGCUGCAAAUCCUGUAACAUCUGCAAGCACGGGAUUUGCCGCUCCCUGGAGAAAACGAGCGUGAUUUGUGAAUGUCACCCAGGCUGGACGGGCCCUCUGUGUGACCAGGAAAUUGGAGAUCCAUGUCUUAACCACAAGUGUCUGCAUGGCAAGUGCACAGCAGCCGGUGCUGCUUACACCUGUAAGUGCGUGGAGGGCUACACGGGCCUGUUCUGUGACAAGAAGAACAAUUCCUCAAACCCCUGCAGGACUUUGAAAUGCAGCCACGGGCAGUGCAAGCUCUCGGAGCACGGGGAGCCCUACUGUGAAUGUGACCCUGGCUACAGCGGAGAGCUCUGUGACAGAGCAGAGAACCUGUGCCAAGGAGAAGUCAUCCGGGAGGUGGUGCGCAAGCAGCAGGGCUACACCUCGUGCGCCACGGCCUCCAAGGUGCCGCGGCUGGAGUGCCGCGGGGGCUGCGGCGGCGGGCAGUGCUGCGUGCCCCUCCGCAGCAAGAGGAGGAAAUACUUCUUCCAGUGCCUGGAUGGCUCCACCUUCACGGAGGAACUGGAGAGACACGUGGAGUGCGGCUGCUCAAAGUGCUCGUAAAGCCAUCCUUGGGUCUCUCGCCACUUUAAUCGACUCAGAAGCGUUAUGGAAACGGGACCUAUUUACUUGCAGAGUGAAGAAGAAGAAAAGAAUUAUUAAGUAUAUUGUAAAAUAAGCAAAAAAUAGAACUUAUUUUUAUUAUGGAAAGUGACUAUUUUCAUCUUUUAUUAUAUAAAGUAUCGCACCACUUUGGGUAUAUGUAUCAUAUAGUGAGCUAUUUUUACCAUGAAACUUUUUUAACAGUUGUAAGAAAAAAAAUUCAAAAGCUAAAAGGUUAAAAAAAAAAUUAUAUCUAUAAAGAAAACAUAGCCUAACAGGAAAAAUGUGGGGUGACUUUAUGUGUAUGCACAAUGAACAGACAUAAAGGUGUUCCAAGGACCUACUGCCAGACUGAUUUGGGCUGAAGAAAGCUCCGAGGCCCUGGCUGGGAGUUCCAGGGGAGCAGAUCCCCAUGACUGACUGCAUCCAGGCACCUGAAGAGCCUCCUCAGCCCCUUCUCUUUCCAACACCGCCAACAUUGGUUUGCUCCUGUACAGUGGCCCCGCUUGCUGUCCGUGAACUGGUUCCCUGGAGUACACAGGCACUGCCAUAGCUUGAGGCUAAUUACAUUAUUUGACUAUUGUAAUACUAUAAUAAUGCAUUUUUUGCUGUGUAUGUUGUAUUUAUCUGUGUUCAUGUUAUAUUCUGCGGCAACUGUAUCUAUAGAGCACAGGCAGCUUUAUCCAAAAGAAGGGUGCAAAGGGAAAGGAAGUGGAGAAAUUUAUGUUGCUUUGGGUAAUUUGGGGGCAAAAAUGUGAAAUAAGUGCUAAGUGAUGCCUAAUAAAUGACAUAGUACUUUUGUGUAAACUCCUCAGCUAUGUUAUUUCCCAAGGUUGUGCCUUCUUGCUCCCAGUCUUGAGCCCUUUUUUGUAUAUGAAAUGUAAGGAAUGCACUGCUACAUAGUUUAUCACACCUUGACACUUUAACUUGCAAAGGUCGUAAAGAGCAUGAAAAUACCGCAGGUGCCAGAAGGCACCUGCAAUGUAUCAGCUUUUACUGCCACUGUCACUUGAGCCAGGGUGUGAGCUGGGCCGUGGCUGCUGCUCAGCCUCACGCUGGCUCUGAGCAGCUGCCUGCCUCCGCACGGCUUUCCAGGCGAGCAGAAGUUGCACUAACUCCAUGUGAAGGUGUUCAGCUGACACCUGUCCUGCAGGGAGAGCUGUCCCAGCUCCGCCCAGUGCAGCCUGACCUGCUCACCAAAGCUCCUCCACCUGCUCCAUGUCCUGCACUCGUGCCUCCCCAAGGACCCCCACUCUCCUGAGCUGUGUUCAGAGCAACUGCUGAGUAGGAGUUGGAAAUCAAUGCAGGGAUGAAUUCUCACCGGGGAUGCGAGGGAAAAAUUGACUCUGGGAGUGAGUUUGAUUUCUGAAGGGUUUUUGUCAGGGCUGCCUUUCAGGGUCAGGACAUACAUGCAAAGAGCACCAUGGAUACCUUGAAUUUUCUCUUACUGUAAGUUUCAAACCUUCCCAUCAACAACUGUUCUAUUACCUGUAUCAUUUCUUUCUUUCUCUAAUGGAGUAAGAAUGGAACUUGUCUUCAAGUUCUCUGUCUCUAAGGAAGGUAAUCAGAGAUGCCUCCUAGCAGCCGUAAAGUCCUUCUGGGAACACUUACUGGUCUCAACAACAAAGGAUGAGUAGGAAAGUUGAAUCAAGAAAAUGGGACAGCUUUGAUUUGGGCUUUGGAAGGAUGCACAGAAUGCAACCCUGCCAUGACAAGGAGAAAUGUUUAUUUCCCACUAAAGCUGAGAAACCAUCUAGCUAUAAUACAGCCAGAAAGCUGUAACAUGCUUGUUGUUCUUCUGCUAUGUCAGUUUCUCCUUAACUGCAGCAGUUCAUUCAUUUUUCUCUGUUAUGACCAGAACAAUGUGAGCAGAAGGGACAUAACCAAUUUAACAGGCAUCUCAAAAAAAUCAUCAAAAUAAAUAUCAGCACAUGGAGCUGGCAAUCGGUGACACAUAAAACAAUCACUACCUAAUGUGCCAGACUCUUAUUGAUACAGUACAGCUCAAAAGCCAGGGGAAAACUAACCCUGGUUGCAAGUACUGUGGACUGCUAUUUAUUUUUAAUAGAAUAUCAGCAGCUCAUAGCAGCUGGGGUUUGUGAUGUACAACAAAAAUCACCUAAACCACAACCCACACAUUUUAAAAAUUCAUGUGAGUGACUGCAAACACUUGUACAAAUAUGUGCCAGGCACACUACUACCAUUAAUGAUUCAUUCCUGCUUAAAAACAUUUGAAUUUCUAAAGAAGCAGCUGCUGUGGUGUCAGGCAGAAGAAAGCCAGCCUGGCAGUGGCUCACCAGCCCUCAGAUUUGUAGCCUCUGGACUGCCAAGGCCUGCAGAAACACAGCCCCUCUUGAACCUGUCCAAAGCUGUGCUCACUCUGUCACCUGAGCAGCAGCACUGUGACAAACAGGGUGACAUUCGCGGGUGGCCUCACACCUGCUUCAGGGUGUUCUGAAAGCAAAGGCCUGGCAAGGCAAAAAGCCAUCAACAUCUUGUGAACACACCACUCUGGGAUUUACUUAAGCCAAGCCUUGCAGCAACGGGACCAGCAACAACUCAGCAAGGCCGGCCCUGUUCCUGGUCCUCUUCUGUCCUGGCACUUCAGUGUUAAGAAAAUAUCUAUUUUGUAACCAAAUGAUGCAAUUUUUGUAUACUUUUAGGCAGCACUUGCCACUGAAGAGUGAUGCUUUAUGUCCAUGAUUCUCUGACUUGCUAUAGAAUUAUUUUAAGAAGAAAAUAAAAAAGCAUUCAGAUGUGCCAAAAAUGUGUGGUUAAUUGAAGUGUAAUUAGCUCUGAAAGUUCCUUUGUAACCUGCCUAAUGUUACAAUCGAUUUCAAGAACUGUGGGUACAAUGCAGUAGUUUUUACCUCCAGAAAGUUUUAAUAUAAAGUGAAGAAAUAUGCUUACCCUUUGAAAAUGGCAAUGCAGACUGGUGUGAACUGAUGUAUUUUAUUAUUAGAUUCUCAUUGUGAUGUAAGUUUAAAUAAAUUGUUGGGUUAUGGAAGAUUGUAA